UAGUUAAACAUAGGUAAAAUGCAAUGUAAAUAUGCAUACGGGAUAUUUAUGUCAUGACCGAAGGUAAAAAUUACAGGUGAUUCAUUUCAUUGACAAACUUAGGUCGCAUCAAAAAUAGAUGAAAUAACUGGAAUUUUAUAAUAAAGUUAGUGGUGAUAAGUUAAAAGUUAAAAUUCGAGUGAAAAGAAGAACCGUUAUUUCAAAAUGACUGAUAAAACUGGUCAAGAAUUUCGAACACCGAAAAAGUUGUCCUUCUCUGGUCAACAGGAUGUCCGACAAAGGAAAUAUAAAGUCAGUCAUGAUGCGACACCAUCACCUACAGAUUCUGAAAACGGAAAUUAUUAUAGAAACUUGGCAUUUUCAGCAUCAUCAAAUGACAAUGUACCUACAAAUAGAACUUCUCCGUUGAAAUUAAAUUUUGAUGAAGACAAUAAUGAUGAUGUGUUCGUCAUAUCACAUGCUGACAGUGCAGUGUAUUCCGAAAAAUCCAAAGCUAAGCGAGUGGAAAGUGCACGGACUUCGUCUGACGAGAAUACAUCUAAAUUGAAAAUUAGGAAAAUAUGUUUAAUAAUAAUAUUUAUUGUGAUUAUAUUAGGACUUAUAGCAGGCAUAACUGUGAUAGUAGUGUUUUAUGUUUUAAAUUUAGAUCAAUCUCCUGAGACAACUACACAAAGUACUGUCUCUACAACUCAAAGUAAUAUUGUUUUAGAUAGUAGUGUGAAGCUGAAGAAUGAUUGGUCCAAUCAAUUAUAUAAUUCUUCAUCUGAUUUUUAUAAAACUUUGUCACAAAAUUAUACACAGGAGAUUGACAAUCUCAUGCAGAAUAGUAAUGUAUCACAAUUUUAUCUUGGUGUCAGGGUACUGGAUUUCAGCCCUGGCAGUAUCUUUGUCCAUUCCGAGAUCUCAUUUAGACCAGAUGUGUUUUCUGAGACAUUAUUUUACGAUGUUUUUGAUUUAUCCAAUGGUAUAGAGGAUAUUAUACGAUUAGAGUCUUCAUUAGGGAAAACAUCUCUACUCAUAGAUACAAGACAGAUUUAUGUUAGUGGUAAAUGUGUGUCAUUGGAUUUUAAUGUGUGUUCCUCAUUUUAUAAUGCAACAAGUUUCCCGAACUUUUAUAAUCAUAAAUCUUAUGAGGAAGCAGUGACCUACUUCCAGAAUGAUUUACAGCCUGUGAUAGACAGUGGUUGUUCUAAUCUUGCCUCAUUAUUUCUGUGUGGACUUAAUUUUCCAAGUUGUCACAAAGCAAGACAAUUACUGCCAUGUAGAACUGUUUGUCAGCAAUACAAUACAGAUUGUUCAGUCUCAAUUGAUUGUUCUCAGUUUGAAGAUUCUACCGAUCGUAACUUAUGUCUCACAAUGCCAACAACAACAACAGAAUCAACCACUAUCAUGACAACUACCGAGGCUUCUACAAUUAUAGAAACAACAACCAUGACAACAGAACCAACAACAACUACCAUGACAACCGAAGCAACUACAACUACCAUGACAACAGAACCUUCAACAACUACCAUGACAACAGAAGCAACUACAACAACCAUGACAACUACAGAACCAACGACAACAGUAACAACAGAACCGAUAUCAACAACACCUAAAGCACUUUGUGAAGAUGUUCAGUCAGUUCAGUGUCAACAAGUUGGUAUAAACCAGACCACAUUUCCUAAUCACUUUGGCCAGGAUUCUCAGGAUGUAGCGUUGCAGGUUUUUAACAAUUACAUCAACGACACAUGUUCAGAGAAUGCUACUUUGUUUUACUGUUCAGCAUUAUUCCCCAGGUGUGAUAAAGGUGCAUUGGAAAAACCUUGCAAGGAUUUGUGUUUAGCUGCCAUUAGAGAAUGUGGUGACAAUGCAUUACAACUUUUCACAGAGAAAGACUGUAACUUGUUUAACGAUCGAUACUGUGUUCGUCCAUUACCCCCACCUCUGACACCAACAGGUACAUCAACACAGCCAUCAGAAAUUACCACUCCAACAGAGUUGUGUGAAAGGGUUCAGUACAAAGAAUGCCAACAGUUUAGUAACUCCACAAUAUUCCCUGGCAUGUGGGGAAGUGAAAACCAUGCCAUGGCUGUCCAAGUUAUGUCAGCAUACCAAUGGAUUCUAGAUUCGCAAUGCUCAAAUCAUUCACUGAAGUAUUUCUGUAGUGGAGCAUUCCAUCAUUGUGAUAAAGGUGUUAAAAAACUUCCUUGUAGAAGUUUGUGUGAAGUGGUUGUGAAGGAAUGUCAACUCCCAGCAGAUGUCUUUGAUUGUACUAAUUUGCCAGAAUCUGAUUGUAUUCCCGUGGAUACAGAUAAACAGCCGCCAAAGGUGUGUGAAAAGGUGGAGUACAAAGAAUGCCAACAGUUCAGUAACUCCACAAUAUUCCCUGGCAUGUGGGGAAUUGAAAACCAUGGCAUGGCUGUCCAAGUUAUGUCAGCAUACCAAUGGAUUUUAGAUUCGCAAUGCUCAAAUCAUUCACUGAAGUAUUUCUGUAGUGGAGCAUUCCAUCAUUGUGAUAAAGGUGUUAAAAAACUUCCUUGUCAAAGUUUGUGUGAAGUGGUUGUGAAGGAAUGUCAACUCCCAGCAGAAGUCUUUGAUUGUACUAAUUUGCCAGAAUCUGAUUGUGUUCCUGUGGAUACAGAUAAACAGCCGCCAAAGGUGUGUGAAAAGGUGGAGUACAAAGAAUGCCAACAGUUCAGUAACUCCACAAUAUUCCCUGGCAUGUGGGGAAGUGAAAACCAUGCCAUGGCCGUCCAGGUUAUGUCAGCCUACCAAUGGGUUAUUGAUGCCCAAUGCUCAAGUCAUACACUGAAGUAUUUCUGUAGUGGAGCAUUCCAUCACUGUGACAAAGGUGUUCAACAGCUUCCUUGUAGAAGUUUGUGUGAAGUGGUUGUGAAGGAGUGUAAACUCCCAGCAGACAUCUUUAACUGUACUAAUCUGCCAGAAUCUGAUUGUGUUCCCAUGGAUACAGAUAAACAGCUGCCAAAUUGUACAUUAACUGGACAAGAGACCUGUCCUGAUGGUUCCUGCAUUAUGUCUGAGUGGUUGUGUGAUGGCGAGGCUGAUUGUUCAGACAACUGGGAUGAACAAAAUUGUUCUAAAUGUUCUGCUGAGCAGUUUACCUGUCAAGAUGGAAGUUGUGUACCUGGAACAGAAAGAUGUAAUGCAUUGGCAGCAUGUCCUGACAAAUCAGAUGAACGGGAUUGUGUACGUCUAAGUGAGAUAGUACCUGGUGUAUUGAUGAUGAAUUACAAAGACUACCAUAUUCCGUUAUGUUAUGACAGCUGGUCAGAUACAUUUGGUUUUUAUACAUGUUCAUAUCUUCUCGGAAAUCAUAACUUUACAAAGUCUUCUGAUGUAGUGUUUCCAGCCAGGACAUAUGCACAUCUUGUACCUCAAGAAGAAGCAGGUGCAUAUCAUUCACAGAUUGGUUACUUAGUUGCAAAGUCAACUUGUAAAGACAAUAAGGUUGUGUCAUUACAGUGUGUGCCUAAAGGUUGUGGUCAGAAGCUUAUAGGAGGAGGAAUGGUUGGGUAUAUUGUCAAUGGGUACACUGCAGCUCCAGGGGCAUGGCCAUGGCAGGCAGCACUAGAAUUACAAGUAACAGGAACAACAAAAUUCCGUAAACAUUUGUGUGGUGGCGUGCUCAUAUCAUCAAACUUUGUGUUAACAGCUACUCAUUGCGUCAAUGAAUACUCUGAUGUUAAACUCUACCGUGUUAUUCUUGGCGCUUCCAACCGGAAUAAUCUUGGUGCAUCAUCAAAAACCUAUGAAGUGGAACGUAUUGACAGAUUUGAUGAUAAAUGGUAUAGUUUCCAGUCAGGGGACAUAACUCUACUACAGUUAAAACAGACAGUAGAGUAUACACCAUACAUACAGCCGAUAUGCUUACCGUCUGAAUCAGAUGAGACACCAACAACAGCUAUUUGUUAUGGGACAGGCUGGGGGCAGUUGACUGGUGAUAAAGAUGGGGAAUUUGCUGAUGAUCUUCAAGAACUGAAAUUGAAACUUUGGAAGACAGAGAAAUGUAAUGGAAGCCAAGCUUGGAAUGGUAAAAUAGCUCAUGGUUAUGUAUGCGGUGGAUAUGAAUCUGGUAUUAGAUCUAUGUGUUCAGGAGACAGUGGAGGCCCUAUGGUAUGUCAAGAUAAUCAGAAUAACUGGUACCUUAAAGGAAUAGCAAGCUAUGUGGCAAACUUCUGUAACAUGACAAAUCGUCCAAAUGUCUUCACAGAUGUACAAACUUACCUCGGAUGGAUUAACAACAACACAAAGUGUAUAUUUAAAUGUAAAAAUGGGAAAUGUAUUUAUGAUAGUCAGUUGCUAUGCAACAGGGAAGAUAAUUGUGGGGACAAUUCUGAUGAGAUAGACCAAUGUGAUGUUUCUGUGAACUGUACGUUUGACGACAAAUUCAUGUGCGGAUAUGAUAUUGAGGGAUUUCAACAACAAAGACAAAUUCUAAAUUCUCAGGACCCAACAACUUUACCAUCAUUUGACCACACCUUUGGUCGUUAUCCAGGAUACUAUAUGGCGGGAAAAACCCCUUCAUCUUCAGGAAGUGAAGCAAGACUGACCUCACCAAAGUUUACAAUACAAGGUUCUGCAUGUAUCAGAUUUUUCUAUAAUCUCCGUGGAGACCUGAAUGCUGGCUUGAAGGUACGAAUGUACACCUUCUCCACAGCAGGAGACAGGUUGCAAGGACAACAGGUAUGGGCGUCAGGAGAAGGUAUAUUUAAAGACAAGUGGAGACUGGGAUAUAUUGAUCUGAGUAUAGGGACAUACGAGAUAGUAUUCAUCGCCAACGACGGGAUGCAGGUUGCUGUUGAUGACGUAUCAUUACACAAUGGAAUGUGUUCUCAGUCAGUUUGCCUUACAAAUGAGUAUAAAUGUACAUCUGAAGCUGGAAGUGAUGCCUGUAUUUCCUUUAAUUCCCUGUGUGAUGUUGUUAAAGAUUGCCAUUCAGAUGAACUAAACUGCAAUCAUUCUGAGAGACACUAUAGUUGUCAGUUUGAGAACAGUGUACUUUGUGAUAUCCAGCAGGAGACCUUUGACAAUGGAGAAUGGCUGAUUAUUAACCAGACAUAUACAAGAUCAUUUGUAUUGUACAGUGAAUCUUUCCCUGAUCACACUACCGGGACAGAUCAAGGAUAUAUGUUAUUUUUAAUGACUAACCUUUUGAUGCGGUCAGAAUUUGUUGCCAUGACAUUAGAUGUAUCACUUCAAGACAAAGAUUUCUGUUUGACCUUCUGGUAUAGGUCAAAAACAGAGGCAACUUUCAAGAUUGACAUCCUUAACACUACAUCUGUUAUGACUCUAAUGAGUUUCACAGACAGAACCACAAAAGAUUGGACCAAAGCCCAGAUGCAACUUCCACCAAUGAAUGAUGCUGUUAUUAAAUUCACUGUUGUCAGGGAAACACCUGCUAUCCAUAGUUACUACAAACCACAUCUGGCCCUAGAUGAUAUACAGAUAUCCAAUGGACUUUGUCCUGAUUAUGGUUGUCCAGAGAAUUGGAGUAAAUGCGGUAACGAGAACUAUUGUUAUUCCCCUGAAGAAAAAUGUGACAGAAAACUACAAUGUUCAGAUGAAUCUGAUGAAAUCAACUGUAAUUGUACCGACGAUGAGUUCCCUUGUGGUAGUGGAAGAUGUAUACCAUUAUCUCAGAAGUGUGAUCGGAUUGUUCAAUGUUUGGACGGCUCAGAUGAAGGAGAUAUAUGUGAUCCUAUGAAUGCAGUGUCUUGUAUCUUUGAAAGUCCUUAUCUUUGUGGAUAUACAGUAUUGUCUAACAGUUCACUGACAAAUGAAUACAGAUGGUUGUGGACUUCUGGUGAAACCCCAUCUUUUUAUACUGGUCCCAAGAGCGACCACACCACAGGAACAACUCUAGGGCAUUAUAUGUAUGCAGAAGGCAAUGAUGGUAACCAGGGAGACCAAGCAAGAAUGGCAUCCAUUUAUUUCUUGACAAAAACCAAUCAGAGUCUUACAUUUUUCUUUCACAUGUUUUUCAAACAAUACACCAAGACAGGAGGUCUGCAGAUAGUCACGAAAGAAGAUGGAUCAAAUAUUGAAAAUGCCAUCUGGUUCCAUAAUGAAUCUUCAGGGGAACCAUGGAUAUCAGGAUGUGUGGAUUUACCUGCCAAUCAGAAUCUGUCUAUCAUUUUCAUAUCCAAUCGGCAUUCUCUUUCUAUACAGGAUGCAGACAUAGCUAUAGAUGAUAUAUCAUUAAAAGAUGGCUUAUGUGGAACACAUAGUGAACCAGAUGUUACUACUGCUGAAACACCAACAGAAACAACGCCAUCUACAGGUUGUGCGUCAGACGAGUUUACAUGUAACAAUGGUAUUUGUAUACCAAUAUCAAGUCGUUGUGAUACUUUUAGCGAUUGUAUCAGUGGGGAGGAUGAGUUAAAUUGCAAUACUGGAUCCUAAUAUCAUGGACUAUUUUCUCUGUGGAAGAUGAUUAACACUGCAAUCUUGGACCAUAUUUCAAUGUGGACUAUAUUUUGUAGCGAAGAUGAUUCAAAUGUUAUCAUAUGAUGGUAAUAUUGGACCAUAUUCACUUUCUUUUUGAAUAUUGGUGACCAUGGUAGUAAAUUGUCUUACCUGUACACUGCAGACUAGGGUAGUAAAUUGAUCUACCUGUAUACUAAGUACUAGGGUAGUGAAUCGAUCUACCUGUACACUGUGGACUAGGGUAGUAAAUUGGUUUAUUUGUUUUUUAGAACUAUGGUCAGUUGACCCUAAACAUAAAAACAGUGCAGAUGUACUAUAAACAUAUAAAUCAUAUUUUGAAGCAGACACCCAGUUGCGAAUAUAUAGAUUCUACCACUAGUACUGCAUCGAGUGUGAUACGAUAUUUAUCCACUCGAGACAGUUAAAUUUUCAAAUUUAAAACGCGAGGCUUGCCGAGCGUUUUAAAUAUUUAAAAUUUAACUGUCGAGAGUGGAUAAAUAUCGUAUUACACGAGAUUUGGUGGUGGAAUCUGUUUCUCUAAUGAUUUUCAAACAAUACGCAGGCAAAUUUAUUCCUUCUUUUCGAAUGAUCUGCAAAAAGAUGUGUUCUUUCUAUGUGACGUCAUCAGGCAUGGUCGCCUUUUUUCAUGCCGUCACAAUAGGAAAUUCAGAGGAAAGCAAGAAAAUUCGACGUCAUAAUCGAAUUUUAACCAAUGAAUAACUGAGAUCAAACGAACCACAUUUUUUUAUACAAUGGGUGCAGAAAGGGAUAAAUUGACGAAGAAUUAGAGAAACAUAUAUAUCCUACAUCUCAGUUAUUUCAUAUUUGAAAAAAUAUAUUUUUAUAUACAAUACUGUAGAUUUAUUUAUUUUCAUGGGUACUGAUUUUCUUCACGAUUGAGGAAAAAUGGUAUUUUUUGUGGUUUGGCAAAUAGUUGUAAUUACAAGUCUAUAGUCAAUUAUUGCUUCGUUGAACAUUAAAAUUCAUGGUCUCCCUGUACCCAUGAAUUCAAAGAAAAUUGGUACCCAACAAAUAUCAAUGAGUACACAGAAUUGUUACCCUUGAACUGGUUGACCUGUGAAUCCAUGACCUAGUUUAUGAAAUGAUUAUAUGUAAAUAAAAAUGUAAAAGUGUUGUGAUUGUUUACUGCUAAUGACAUUCAAAUUGUUCAGACCUAAUCCAGAAAAAAUGUAACAGGAAAUAAUACAAGGUAUUUUAUUCUCACCAUUUGUGAAGAUUUAGUGAUUUAGCUUUCAAAUCUUCAAUCUAAACGACUAAUCAUGAAUGCAGGUACAUAUAUGAGGGUCUGGAUCAGGUUACAGAAUAGAGAAGAAUAGAAAAAAAUAUUAAGAAUAGAGAAAUAUGAUUUGCUAAAAUCAAAAGAAUAGAGAAUAAUCAGCAAAAAAUUAAAGAAUUGAAAAAAAUAGAUGAAGAAAAUUAAGGACCCCCUCAUCCAGACCCUCAUACAUAGGCAGUGAUUUUACAAAAAAAAAUAGAUCCCCAUUUCAGAUUUUUUCGAAUAUCAAACUCAUCUGAGAUGUUUAUUUUAUGUAUCCCAAUCUAACACACACUAAACAGCUCUUACUGGAAUAGUCAGAAAUUAUUGUGAUGUUUUCAUUAAUUGGGAAAAAGUGAUGUGUAAGGAUUGCAAUGAUAAAACUCACAUUCAUUAUUUUAGUAGUGAUAUUUCUUUUUUAUGCAACUGCAUUAAUUACUGUGGGCACAUUUAUUUUUGUGGGUACUGAUUUCUGUGUAUUGAACACUUGCAUUUUUCGUGGAUAUUUGAUCUCAUGGUUUUGCCGAAGUCUGUAUAUGUAACCCUGUAGAAAAUUUGCAAUUCUUUGAAAAUUUAAAUUGGUUCACCUGUACCCAUGAAAUCCGCAAAAAUUGGUUACCCACUAAUCAUGAUGAAUCCACAGUAGAUCUGACAUUUUCUCCAGCAUUCAGUGAUACGUAAUAAUAAAUGCACUCAAUAAUUCUCAAUUUACAAUACAUUGUUUUUUCAUUUAAUAUACAGUGUUUGUACCUCAGUUUGAGAUUUUUCAAACACACAAUGACAGUUAUUUAUAUUUUCACACAUAGCUAUGUGUCUAUGAUUGUGAUUUGAUCAAUUUUCUGUGACAUAAUAUUUGUUAUUUUUGUAUUUUUUUAUAUAUAUAUACUUAUCAUCAAUUAUAUCUAUAUAUUUAAAUAUAUACUCCAGACUACUUAAAUGUAAUAUCAUUAACAUGAUUGAUGUAAAAUUUAUGUGAUUUAUUCAUACAUAUCAUUUAUAAAUAUUUAUUUUUCAUAUGGUUUAAAACCAGUGCUUUCAUUAUUUUUUGUAACAUGUGAGAAGUACAGAUAUUUAAACAUGAUUUUUAAAACAUUUUGUGACAGAUAAUAUGUCCUUUCAUAACACAUUUUUAUACAUAAUGUUGUAACAUCAAAUAACACCACUGCCCAAUAUUUUUUUCUCACUUACUCGACUUAUGAGGGUCUGGAUGGGGUUUACAGAAAAGUGAAUAAUGGGGAAAAGUGUAAAAUAAAGGGGAAAAAAUAUAAAGAAUAGAGAAAAAAAUGAAAAAAAAAAUAAGGACUAGAAUCAUGUUCUACUAAGAAAAAAAGGGGAAAAAAUAAUGGGGUGCUGAAAUGUAAAGAAUAGAGAAUAAGGGAAAAAAGAAAUAAAGAAAGAGGAAAAUGGUCUAAAAAGUUAAAGAAUAAAGUGAUGAAGGACCCUAAUCCAGAUCCUCAUUUAAUCAUUUUCUUCCUGAAAAGAAGAAUUACAUUUUAAAUCAAGGCCAAACCAAUUUAAGGUUUUAUACUUUGUAUUUCCUUGCAUAAAGUUUGAACAGACAAAAGAUUGAUUGAUUGAUGUUUAACGCCACUUUCAACACUAUUGUGCUAUUUCAUGGCGGUUACUUUUUAUUGGUGGAAGAAGACGGAGUGCCUGGAGAGAACCACCUACCUUCUGUAGGAAAACUGACAAUCCUAGUCUAUUGACAUUGGAGUCGAGUGCACCUGCCACUAGCGGGAUAUAUUGGAACUCACAACCUCAGUGUUGACUGGCUAGUGAUACAGUGGUUUGACUACUUAGACCACUUGGCCACCGAGGCCCCAACAGACAAAAGAACUGAAAGGCCAGUGUUCUUGCUUUUAAUAUAUAAGCCAUUUUAAUUUUAUAGGAAAUUAUUCUCUCCAGAUUUUUCAUACAUUUAACAUUGGCACCUUUUUUCUUUCAAAAACUAUGAAAACAUAACAAGGAUUUUAAUAAUAUUUUCUAAAAUUAGUUUUUUAACUGUAUGUGAUUAAAUUAUGAAAAAAAAAGUUGGGGUUAGCAUCACUUUUAUUUAUAGCACUACAUGGAUAAAACCAGAGGAUUCCGAAUAUAUGACAAAAUGUCAAGAUCAAGAUCAUUCUUAGUUUAAACAAUAUUUUAUUCAAAUAAAUCAAUACAUAGUAUACAAUUCUGAUACAUGAAAUAAAUAGGAUUCAGAAACAAGCAAAAUUGCUUUUAUUAUUAAAUCUGUCCCCUAGUAUACAAAUACAUUUUUUAUAUGUCAUUAUUAUGUAAAUAUGGCAUAUUCUGAAAUAGUCUAUUUGUUAGAAAGGAAAAAAAAAUAUGAGAUAUUAAGGUUUCAUUAAAAAAAAGUACUGAAUAAACGUGGUAAUAGUGUAGAGUAGUAGUGAAGAUCAUCCUUAAGGGAGUUCACUUUGAAGUUGGGGUAUUGACCUAGAUUUCAGGGUUAACAAAAAAUGAGAAUGUGAUGGGGUGAGCUGGGCAUGUUGUAGUUUGGAAUCAUAUUCUACUAAGAAAAUAUCUCACAUCAUUGUAAGAGUUUUUUCCAGAAAAGAGAAAUUAUGUUUCAACAAUAGAAGAGCACCAUUUGAUUCAUAUUUUCAGAAAAUAAAAUAAUUUAAAUGUUCCUGCCUCACAAAUAUAUUUAAAAAAACAAAAUUAAAAACAAUGACAAUUGGUGUUGACUCUUAAAGUUGAAUUAUUGCAAUUUUGCUACAUACAAAUAUAUGUAUCAGAUAUCAGAAUGCAAGUUCUUGUUCAAAUUAUAAAUUAUUCUAAAUAAUAAGGAUGUUCUUGUCCCAGGCAGAAAACCCUGGCCGUGUUAAGCACAACUUUUUGGAAGUUUUGGUCCUCGGUGCUCUUCAGCUUUGUACUUGUUUUGGCAUUCAAACUUUUUUCAUCUGAUCAUCACUGGUUGGUCUUGUGUGGACGAGUCGCACAUCUGGCGUAUUGAAUUUUAAGCCUAGUACCUUUUGUUAGCUAUUAUUCGUGUGUUUCUUUGUCCUAUAUGUUCUCCCAUUUAUUUGUAUUGUGGUCCUGUCAUGUGAUGUUGUCGUUUUGGUGUUGUGUUUGACGUUGCCAUAAAAGCAGGAGGUUUGACAUGCCACAAAACCAGGUUCAACCCACCAUUUUUUUCUUAAAAUGUCAUGUACCAAGUCAGGAAAAUGGCCAUUGUUAUACUAUAGUUCGUUUCUGUGUGUGUUACAUUUUUAAUGUUGUGUUUUUGUUGUGUCGUAGUUCUCCUCUUAUAUUUGAUGCAUUUCCCUCAGUUUUAGAUGUAACCCGGAUUUGUUUUUAUCUCUAUCGAUUUAUGAGUUUCGAACAGCGGUAUACUACUGUUGCCUUUAUUUAUUAUUGCAAUUCACAAGGAGUCGCAUUAUUCAGAUUAAUAAAAAAUUGCAAUAAUUUCUGAAUUUACAGUACAUUGUAUGUCUGAAAAUGAAAAUUCAUAUCUGUAUGUAGCAUUUCCUAAAAUUGCAAUAAUUCAACUCACAUGUUUGCUCAUUCUUAAAAAAUCGCAAUAAUAAAUGCACACAAUAAUUUCAGAAUGUACAGUAAUUAAUUUUGACAGUGGUAGGUUUUAUUCAAAUUUUUAAUUAGAUUUAUACUCAGGAAAACUGCGAAGAUCAUUUAACAUUUACAUGAUUAAAACUCAGUUCAAAUAAGGUCUGUGGAAAAUCACAUUUCCAAAAUUUACCAAGAAAUUUUAUUGGGCUUAAUCUUAAUUGUUAAGGUGAUUUUUAUGCCAUAUACAUAUUGUAGAAUAUCAUGUUUUUUAUAUAUAUUGUUAGAACCAUAAAAAUGUUGAUUUUUUAUAAAA